UUUUUACUUUGCAGAAGUCCUUGACUGCUUCAUUCUCUCAUUCUUGGAAUGAAUUUGGAAAUGACUUUUGAUGACUUCAAGAGCAAGACUAUGAAGGAUCAACCUGAUCAGAAGCCAAAUAGAAAGAAAGCUGAAGGUCCUCAUUUUCUUUCUUCUCGGUGGUGGUACCCUACUGCUGUGACCCUGGGGAUCCUUUGCUUGGGAUUACUGGUAACUCUUAUAAUGCUAACAGUGCAAUUAUUACAGGUUUCUGAUCUUCUAAAGCAACAGCAAGCAAACCUUACUAACCAGGAAAUUAUACUGGAGGGACAGAUCUUAGCACAGAAGCAGGCAGAAAAAUCUUCCCAGGAGUCAGAAAGGGAACUCAAAGAAACGAUAGAAACCCUUAACCAGAAGCUGGAUGAAAAUUCCAAAAAACAGAUGGAACUUCAUCAUCAGAACCUGAAUCUCCAAGAAGCUCUGAGGAAAGCAGCAAACUUUUCAGGUCCUUGUCCCCAAGACUGGCUCUGGCAUGAAGAAAACUGUUACCUAUUUUCCUCUGGCCCAUUUAAUUGGGAAAAAAGCCAGGAGAACUGUUUGUCUUUGGAUGCCCAGAUGCUGAAAAUUAAUAGCACAGAUGAUCUGAAAUUCAUCCGGCAAACAAGUGCUCAUUCCAAUUUCCCAUUCUGGAUGGGGUUGUCUCUGAGGAAACCCAGCAGCGCAUGGCUCUGGGAGGAUGGCUCUCCUUUGAUGCCCCACUUGUUUAGACUCCAGGGUCCUGUUUCCCAGAACUAUCCUUCAGGCAAUUGUGCAUAUAUACAAAGGGGAACUGUUUUCGCUGACAACUGCAUUUUAACUGCAUUCAGUAUAUGUCAGAAGAAGGCGAAUCUAUUGAGAGCACAGUGAAUUCGAAAGCUCUGGAAGAAGAGAAGGAGAAUUCUUUUCUGGAAUUUAAGUUGUCCUUCAUCACUUAGGUGUAAAACAAGAGAGCCCUAUGAACUGCUUGUUAUUAGCUGAUGGCAGAACUCCCUAGCAGAGAUUGGGCUUCCGGCUGCCUGGCACCUUGAUAUCAGAAAUUUUGAUUCUGUUUCUCUCUCUCUGUUUUUCACCUAGCUUGUCCCAAGUCUCCCUGCCAACCCUUCAAUCCCCCUUCACUUUUUUUAUUUUGAAGUCUUAUUCCUCUUCAAGUCUUGGGAGCCCUCUGUACUCAGUCCUCUACCUCAGUACCAUCUUCCCCUCACCUUCCUAAACCACAUAGAAGAUGGAAGGUGGAGAACUUGCCCAACUGGUGGAUGCAUGGAAAAAUGCAUGCGAAACAGAAAAGAAUGCACGAAGAAACAGAAAAAGGGAAAGGCCAUGCUGGAAUCCAGAAACUUGUGUUCUCAAUGUUAAAAGCUACCACUUGUUGGUCUUUUAUUUUUUUUGUUGUUGUUGGUCUUUUAAAUUGUGAUCUUUCUCCAGAUUCCACCACGUACACACAUGCACACACGACAUAUACACCCCACAUCAUCACAUUUUGGGGCAAUUGGGAUGUUCCAGGAAGUAAUUACAAAUUGAAUGAUCUUUUCAGUCAACUAAUCACAAUUCAUUAUUGGUUUUGGAAUCUAAUUAUUUCUUCAUCCUUUAUCAAAGGAUAGCUUAAUCGCUUUAAUCCUUCAGAUAGUAUUUGUUAGAAUCAUGGGGACUGAGGCAAAAAUAGAUUUUUUUUUUUCCCUAAAGUACACACCAUUUGUAAAUGAGUUCUUCUCAACUCUGUUGUGCUGUGCUAAUAUGGAAACACACAGGACGAAAAUAUGAAGAUACGCAAUUAAAGAACAAACUGAGCCAGGUAUGGAAAUAUAGCUGAAUAGAAACAGAUGGAAUUAGAAGUAUUCCUUCCAUUUUCAGUAUUUAUACUCCCUUGCUACCUCCCUUCACAGGUUAUUCUACUUUUUAAAGGAAGCCUUACCAUUUUGUUGCACAUAAUCUAGCACCAACUUUAUAAAAAAAAGAAAAAGCUGUAUCAUUCCUAGGAAGACAAGAGAUAUUUUCUUUUCUUAGCACAUUUAUUGAUGUUUAAUUGGCAUAUAACAAACUUAAUAUAUUUGAAGUACACAAGAAUUUUCAUAUAUGUGAACAUUUUCCAUUGAAAUCAUCGCCACAAUUAAGAUAGUGAACAUUUCCAUCAUCCAACUUUUAUCAUCCUCUCCCCAAUGCCUUCUCCUCAGACAACCACCAAACUGCUUUCAGUUUGCAUUUUGUAGCAUUUUAUAUGAAUGGAGUCAAACAGUAUGCCUUUUUCUUUAUUUUUGGUCUAGCUUCUUUCACUUAGCUAAUCAUUUUGAGAUUCAUUCAUCUUAUUGCUUGCAUCAAUUUUUCACUCUUUUUAAAUGUUGAGUAUUACUCCCUUGUAUGAAUAUACCCCAAUUUGUUGAUAAAUUACCUGUUGAUGACCAUUUGGGUUGUUUUCAGUAUUUGACUAUCGCAGAUAAGGGUGCUAUAGAUAUUUGUGUACAAGUCUUCGUUUGUACAUAGUAUUUCUCUUCUCUUGGGUAAAUGCUUAAGAGUUUAAUGUCAGGAUCACUCAGUAGGUGUAUUUGAGAAAUUGCCAGACUAUUUACCAAAGUUGUACCAUUUGAUAUUCCUACCAGCAAUGUAUGAAUGUUCCAAUUCCACCUAUCCUUGCUAACACUUGGUAUGGUCAGUCUUGUAAUUGUAACCUUCUAAUAGGUGUAUGGCGGUAUAUUACUGUGGUUUAAUUUGCAUUUCCUAAAUGAAAAAUAAUCUUGAGGUCUUUUUAUUUACUUAUAUUGUUUAUUUACUAUCUACAUAUUUUCUCUGAUAAAGUAAUGUACAAAUCUGAGAAGUUUCAUGUUGUUUGUUUUUUUAUUGUUACAUUUUGAGAGCCCUUUGUAUAUGCUGGAUAAAAGUCCCUUAUCAGAUGUCUUUUUGAUCACCUUUUGUUUUUGUUUUUCA